GCGUAUCAAAUCACGUUUUGAUGAAUAUUUUUUGUCGUUAAUGCCAAUGGUACUAAGACAUAAAAGUCAUUGAAAAUUUAUAUUUUCUAAAGUAAUAAAUAUUCCGAAAUCAGAAUUGCCAUAUACUGUUAAUUAAUCCAUAAAUCUCUCUUUUUAUGGUUUCAUUGAAAUAACAAAUAAUAAAAUCCGGUGGGGAAACUUGAUUUAGGCUAAGAAGAAAGUGUUUGGAAUUCAGACAAUGUCUACUGCUUCCUCAUCUUCGUGUAUAUAUAAAUUCCACAAAAACUCAAAUCUAUUAUUAUUAUUUGGUAAAGCGUUCGCUGAUAAUUAUACUUAACGCAUUGUUAAAUACCGGAAAUUUAUUACGUGUAUAAAUUCCUCUCAUCAUAAAAACGAUUGAAGAUAUGAAGACUGCAUUUGGGGUUGUUCUUCUUCUUGUAUUCAUGCUGACGUUGUCGUAUGCGAAGUCGAAAAAAAUAAAGCACAAGUUGAGUACACGAGCAUUUCUUGACCUUUACCCCAAUAGCUGUACGAAUACGACGUUGCAAAAAGCAAGAGGAUUUGCCGACUACGAUCUUUUACUAUUCCACUGUAAAGAUUUUGAGCCUGAUAACUUCACUGCGGUUUUCACAACGAAAAAUGAAGGAUGCGGAGACACAUGCACUCAUCCAGUGGACGGUAGUGCCUUAAAUUUGACUAAAUACAAGGUCCAACCAAUUAUUGCGAUUCAGAAAAUCAACAGUAAUUACACUGACUUUCGUGUCAAAGUAACCAAGGGAUGCACUUGCGUGAAAAAGUUCGCCACAUCGAAAACUCAGACAGAAAAAGAGGUUAAAUUUCUAGGUGCUUCAGCCAUUUUGUCUAAAACGAGAAGAGGCAAAAAAUCUCGACGCAACAUGGGGAAGGGUAAAAACUAAAUGGGAUAAAAAAUAACAAACAACUAUAAUGGCCCAUAUUCAAUUUUGAAUUACUAAAUUAAACAUGAAUUUAUUGAUAUAACAAACUAUUUAAAAUCAAUUAUAUUAGAAAAAUCUAGGAAAGCUAUAUCUUUUACCAAGUUUGAUCAUUGUAUGAAGAAUUUUAAUGAGAUCGAUUUAUAUGCUGUCUACGCUUGAUGAAAACUUUGCUAAAUUUAUUUCACUUAAUAUUAAAUUAUUAUAUAUAUAUAUUACUAGUGGUUGUAUAACACCUACACGACUAAAAGUACUGGUCAAAAACAUGCGCUUCCGAGAUAUUUUAACGUUACUUGUCGGAAUGACAUUUCAAGCAAACAGACUUCAAUAUGCAUUCAGGAUUCGUAUAUGGCACAAAUAAAUUUUAAUAUCGUUGAUUUUUUUUU